GAUGCUGCAAAUUGAUUUGAUACCGUGUCCACAUGCCUUGGCUGUAAUUGAAAAUACAAGGAGAGAUCUAUACGCUUACUGUUCUUAUUAUUACACAAGAGAUGCUUACGUGAAUGCAUACCAAUAUUUUAAAUAUCCUGUUGGGAACCAGAAUGAAUGGACAGUGCUUGAAGAAGUACAAGCCAAAAUUGUGUUAGCUCCUAACCAGAAGAGGAGUUCUGGAAGAUCUACUGAGAAGAGGAAGAGAUCAUCCAGAAAAGGGAAACCAACAGUAAAAUGUGGUCGUUGUGGAGGACAAUGUCACAAUCGUAGGAGAUGCUCAAGCGUGGUUCCAUUAAACUAG